ACGGGCUUUGCAAGGCGAAUCAGCAAACGCCGAAUGAACAGCCCAGUAUUACGUAUCGCUAAUUGUUCCAUUCUAUACAAACUGUUAACAAUGGGGAUAUUCGCCCUUGUACAACAUGAAAUAAAACAUAAGAAAUAUGCAGUGGAAGGUAUUCUGCCAUCCACGCAAUCACCCAUCUACGACGUUGCUCUUAGAAGACAGCUAUUAUGGCUAUCGCACUUGACUACAAACCAGAGCAGCAAAAUCCUUUUACAGAGCUCAUCUCUGGUCAGCGCAUCGCACUGAUCCCGUCUUUAACACUUGAGUCCGGGCAUGUGCUGAAGUCGUGCCAGGUGGCCUACAAGACCUGGGGCCAGCUCAAUUCCACCCGUGACAAUGUGCUGGUAAUCUGUCACGCAUUAUCUGGGAGCAGUGAUGUUGCAGAUUGGUGGGCGCCUCUCAUGGGCCCAGGGAAAGCCUUCGACUAUACCCGGUUCUUUAUUUUUUGCGGAAAUGCGCUCGGAUCGCCAUAUGGAAGCUCAUCGCCCUUGACAAUAAAUGUUGACACUGGACUGCCAUAUGGCCCUGAAUUCCCACCCACCAGCAUUAGGGAUGAUGUAAUAGCCCAGAAGUUAGUUCUCGAUGCAUUGGGCGUUUCGUCCGUCGCUGCAGUGAUUGGAGGGUCCAUGGGAGGCAUGACAACGAUCGAGUGGCCUCUCUGUACGCCGCCCGGCUUCGUUAGGACAAUUAUCCCUAUUGGAACCUCAGUUGCUCAGAGCGCUUGGGGGAUUUCAUGGUCUGAGGUCCAGAGGAGAUGUAUUCGCUCAGAUCCUCUGUUCCGUGACGGUUACUAUGAACCAAACCAGCAGCCGACAUCCGGUCUUGCGACAGCGCGCAUGGUGGCUAUGUUAACCUACCGUUCAGGGGAGAGUUUCGAGAAGCGAUUUGGCAGAAAACCGUCCAGCCAAACUAAGUGUUUAACACCACCUGCAGAGCCAGCAGCAUGUAACGGCUCAUCAUCUAAACUGCCAGUGAAACCACCAUCACCGGCCUUGGGCAACUCGACUAUGAGGCAGUUUUCUGCACAGGAAUAUCUCGACUACCAAGGAGCCAAGUUUCUGCGUCGUUUUGACGCAAACUGCUAUUUACACUUGAUCCAUAAAAUGGAUAUGCACGAUAUUCGGCGUGGUCGAGUCCCUGAAGACUGUCAUCUCUGUUCGAAUGGCGAGGGAACGCUUCCAGACAACAUCACGGCCAAAGUACUGUCCCGCGUACCGCCGCAUGCCUUGGUCAUUGGCAUCGAUUCUGAUGUUCUUUUUCUCCCUGACCAACAAUACCACCUGGCCGCUUGCCUUCCAGACGCCACCUUGACGAUGCUCAAGUCGUCGGACGGACACGAUGCAUUUCUGCUUGAGUUCGAACAGUUGAAUCAUCUGAUUAUUGACAGGCUGAAAUGGUUAUUUCCAGCCAUGUACGAAGGAUUCACGGAGAGAGUAGCUGAGGUUGACAUGCCCAAUUCGACGAAUAAAAUCAGUGUGGGUGAGCUGGACUGAUGGAGACGGCCCAGAAUUCGAAUACUGUGUGCAUAUACCUAGGCAGAUGAACAUCGUACCACACAUGGGUUAGGACUUUAAUAAGAAAUGGAUUGUGUGACAUUGGUUCCACCGCACC